AUGCAACAAGAUAUGUCUGAGAAGAUGCGAGAAUCCCAAGAUGAUAUGAUGGCGAAGCUAACCAAACUGUUGACUGGAGGAGGUGAUAAGGGAAAGGGUCCCAUGACCGAUAUCGAAGAGGGCAUCGCAAUGGCUUCAUUGAUUAGCACUAAAAGCCACAUAUCUGAUGCAGCUAAUAACGCGGACUCGUACCGAGUUUUAAGGGGCCGUGUGAGUGUUUUGAAGAAUACUCCGGAUGCACGGUUGAUGCCGUACUUAGAGCUAGCCGGAUUUGGGUCCGUAGCACAAAUCCGGUACACCGUCUUGCGCUUUGAUUUAUUAUCUGCGCUAGUGGAGCAGUGGCGCCCGGAGACCCACACUUUUCAUUUUCCAUGCGGGGAGUGCACGGUGACAUUGGAGGAUCUUCUAGGAGACUCACCAGGGGACGGUGAGUCAUAUUUUUCGGGCUUACCAUUUACAUGGCUGAAAGCCAAGUAUGGACAAUUAUCAGCGACAGCCACUGAAGGCGAGUUGAUGUGCGUUGUUCGAGCGUACAUCAUGCAUAUCAUAGGGGGAGAAAUCAUGUCUGAUGCAAGCAACGACAAUGUGCAUUUGAUGUACUUGCCCCUGUUAGCUGACUUGUCCAGUGUUAGCUCCUAUAGCUGGGGCUCAACCGUGCUAGCAGUCUUGUAUCGAGAGUUUUGUUGGGCGACAGAUCCGAAAGUUCGCAACAUUGGCGGAUGCCUCUCACUUUAUUGCGAUCUGGCGCCAGAUCGGAUGCCGUUUUUGGCAUCGGUUAGACACCAACCGUGGAGUGCUCGUCCGGGUAUCGGAAGUCGAUAA